AAGAACAAGAACAAAACAAAAAUAUAAAUAUAUAUAUAAAAUAAAAUAAAAUAAAAUAAAGGAAAACAAACCAAUCAAAUUCACGAUGACAAGUUGCAAUUCGUCAAAUUAUUCACCGUCAAAAUCUUCCUUGAGUUGUUGUCAAACUGAUAAUAAAAGUCAAACAAAUGUUGAAGCAAUUAAUAUGGCUACAUCCGACACAUUACCACCCCCCGCCACAUACAAAUUAGAAAAAAAUUGUUCGUUUCCAAGGAGACCGGAAAUUGAUCUAAUCUUCAAGGACAUUAAAUUUCGCGUCAAGGAAUGGAAUCUCAAGAAGUUUGCAAUUAAAAAAAAAAAAGAAAUUUUGCAUGGUGUAAGUGGCGAAUUCAAAGCUGGCCAAUUGGUCGCCAUUAUGGGCCCAUCAGGCGCAGGAAAAUCAACGCUACUAAACGUGCUUGCUGGUUAUACUUUGAAAGGUAUGAGCGGUGAGGUUCUGGUAAAUGGGAAAGUUCGAGUAGCACACAGUGAAAAAUGGAAAAGAACGUCGUGUUACAUACAACAAGAUUCUUUGGUACGAGGAAGAAUAACAGUUGGCGAAGCUAUGACCAUAACAGCACACUUGAAGUUAGGCAAUAAUAUAAGUUCGGCAUAUAAACAUACUCAGGUAUUGAAUCUUUUGGAAAUAUUAGGUCUGAGUUAUUGCUACGACACUUUAUGUGGAAGGUUAUCUGGUGGUCAAAAGAAACGAUUGGACGUUGCAUUAGAAUUACUCAGCAAUCCUUCAGUAAUCUUUCUUGAUGAACCAACCACCGGUUUAGAUUCAAUGUCCUGUAGUCAAUGUAUAGCAUUGUUAAAAAGAUUGGCAAGAAUGGAAAAACGUACGAUAGUUUGUACGAUACAUCAACCAAGUGCAUUACUAUUUGAAAUGUUUGAUUCCCUUUAUGCACUUGCAAAUGGUUAUUGCAUAUACAAGGGUUCGAUUCAUGGUCUAUUACCACAUUUAACAUCGAUCGGUAUCAAUUGUCCACCUUAUCACAAUCCAGCAGAUUUUUUAAUCGAAGUUGCUAUUGGUGAUUAUGGUAUAACGGUUGAUAAAUUAACAGCAGCAGCAGAUGAAAAUUUAUGGGACAAGGGAACAACUACACGAGUUGUACCAAAAGUAAUCAAAGAUAGUUCAGAAGAUGAUAUCAUUACGGAACAACAACCUACGACCAGUUUUUUAACACAAUGUUAUCUUCUUUACAAAAGACAAUUAAUAAGCUUGAAAAGAGAUUACACGCUUUUGAUGGUACGAUUACUUUGUCAUUUGCUCAUUGGCGUUAUAUUUGGAUAUCUUUAUAUGGGAAGUGGUUAUCGUGCUAAUGGUGUUCUAGCUAAUUACGUUUAUUUAUAUGGUUCCUUACUUUUGAUCGUUUACACGGGAAAAAUGGCGGUUACUCUUGCCUUUCCCCUGGAAAUGCAAAUUCUUAGUAGAGAACAUUUCAAUCGGUGGUAUAAACUGGCACCAUAUUACAUCAGUAUGCUACUCAUUGAAAUACCAUUCCAAGCAGCCUGUGCUGGAACUUAUCUGACUAUCAGUUAUUGGUUAACAGGACAACCCAUAGAAACUUAUCGUAUCCUAUUUUUUAUGGUUGUCAGCAUAUCUGCAACGUUAACCGCACAAGCAUGGGGAUUUUUCAUCGGUGCAACUACCCCAGUUAAAAUCGCAGUCUUCCUAGGACCCAUUAUCGCCGUACUAUUUUCCGUUUUUGGAUUUUGCGCAACAUACAUGGACACUCCUCGUGCAUUUCGUUGGAUAUUUCACAUAUCCUAUUUUCGUGCCAGUUUCCAUAGUCUCAUUUAUACAGUUUACGGAUAUGACCGAAUGGAUUUGGUUUGCGAUGACUUUUAUUGUCAUUAUAAAAAACCAACGAAAUUUUUAAACGAAUUGGAAAUAAAUGAUACUAAUGUUAUUAAUAAUUUAAUAUUGAUCAUUGGCAUAGGUGUACUUAUGCACUUGCUAACGGCUAGCGCACUUUGGUGCAAACUUAAUAGAAGAUAGGACUAUUAACGUUGUAGUAACAUCACCAAGGAAUGUUUCAGUAUUGUUUUAUUGAGUACUAUUUAAAAAAUAGUAUAUUUCAUAUCUAAAGCGAUAAAGUAAGAAAUGUCUCAGAGCAGUAAGUAAGUCCGUGGCAAAGCCGAGAUCAACAAACAUGUGCUCUCUGAGGCUUUCUUAUUUACUGCCCAUGGUGUGUAUACUGUAUUUCUGCUCGACGUAGACGGAAAGCGGCAAACUUCGUUUUGCACAGCGGAAGAAAAAUUGGACGCUUUUAACGUCCGGAGGGAAGAAAACGAACAUACAAAAAUAUCGGCAAUUUGUUCAUAUUUUUCCAUUUGCCUUAUUAGUAAUCGGUUUGCUAAAAACAAAACAAAAAAUUAUUACAAUUUAUAUAUUCAUUUAAACUGUAUACUUAUAUAUUAGUAUACUUGUUAGCAUACAUAUUUACUUACUUUUUUGUAAAUUGUGUUUAAAUGCAUUUGCAAUGCA